AUAUAAAGUGCAAGCAGGUGUGGUGUGGCCUCAGAGCACCCCAACUUGACACCAUGAAGAUGCUAGUCCUCCCUGCCGUGGCCCUCCUCUCUCUUCUGGUGCUCCACUCAGCCCAGGGAGCUUCCCUGGGGAGUUCUGAGGAGGAAACCACCCUUGGCAACUACGCAGUGGAACCCGAGGCCUUUAAAUCUCAGUUCCUAAACCUUGACAAGCUGCGAUCCGCUUUUAAGAAUGAAGAAUUCCUGAAUUGGCACGCUCUCAUUGAGUCCAUCAAAAGGAAAUUGCCUUUCCUCAACUGGGAGGCCUUCCCCAAGUAAGGACUAAGCUCCUGCAGGGACCCUGACCACACCCUCUCUCCCCCCAGCUAAAAGGACUGAGGAGUUCGAGUCCUGAUGCCUAGUCACCGUGCCCUUUGAAACCAGCACUGCUAGACCCCUCAGGGAGCCCCUGCCCUACAGUCAUCUUUCCUGAAUCAAUAACUCCAAUAAAAUGUUUUCCAACUAAACAA